AUGUCUGAGAUUGCCCCGACUAUCUCGGGCCAGUUUGACAACAAAUCCGCCUCAUUCGCACCGACAGGACUCUACCAAGCUUCUCUCCCCGACGAACGCAGAUGGGCCGGGCCUAUCUCCAUCAGCUUUCUGGGCAGUGUUGAUAGCGCUCGCUCUGAUGAGCUGUUGUCUGGCAAGCAACCCGCUUGGAAUCCGGCACUUGGGUUCCCGAAAUCGGGCAGUGGCGCACCGGGUGACGACGGAUCUAAUGGAGGAUCGCAAGUUGGCACGCACAUAUACGCUAGCCUGGCAAUGGUAUGGGGCAUAUUGAUGCUAAGCUUGUAUAUAUAA